AUGUGUUCUGCUUUUCAUCUUCAUAUAGGCGGAGCAGGUGUAAUGAUGGGAGAUGUCUUAUGGAAACUUUAUACGAAGGAAUAGGGUGAUACAAUUGAAAAGAAUUACAUUUUUAAUGAAACUGAGAAUAAUAAUUAUCCGCUAUCACUUUAUGCAGAUUUAGAUGAUCGAAUGAUAAACGAAGUUAAGAAAAAUAAAUCUAUUUGUUAUCAAUCUAAUUCUUUUGUUACAGGAAAGGAGGAUGCUGCAAACAAUUAUUUUAAGGCAUAUUACAAUAUUGGAAAAGAAAUAUGUGAAAUUGCAUUAAAUUAGGUGAGAAGAUAAGUUGAAAGCAUGGACAGAUUAGAUUAAUUCAUUAUAACAUCUGCUUUAAGUGGUGGAACAGGAUCAGGAUUUACUUCAAUAAUGAUGGAAUAAUUAUCUGUUGAAUAUGAUCUAAAAGUUGAAAAAAAUGCAUUUUUUAUCUAUCCUUCAUAAAGAAUGUCUAAUAAUAUUGUAGAUUCCUAUAAUGCUGUUUUCGCUACUCAUACGACAUUAGAAUACUGUAAUUCUGUUGUUAUGUUUGAUAAUCAAUCAAUGUAUAAAGUUAUUGAUUUACAGAUUGGCUUAGAUUUUGUUGAUUACACUCAAUUAAAUAAUCUUGUGUCAUAAAUUAUUAGUUCUUACACAGGUUUAAGAAGAUUUAGUAAAAUUAAUAACAAUAAAUUAUUUUCUGGGCUUUGUCCCUAUCCGAGAGUUCAUUAUAUAAUUCCAUAGUAUGGACUUCUAGCAUCUAUUGAUGAUUACAUCAAUUAAGAAUUAAAUGAAAAAUCACUUAUAUCAUUUGUAACUAAACCAGAUUAAAGAUUAUUGUAAUGUGAAAUGAAACCAGCUCUCUUUUGUGCUUCACUUAUAUAUCGUUCAAAAUAUACGAAUCCUUUUCUUGGUUAAUCUAAUCUAACUCUUUAAAAUAUUAGAACUAAGCAUUAAGAAACUCCUAAUGUUUUUUAAUGUUAAUCUCAAAAUUAUACAGUAAUUCCAGAACUAGCUUAGUUAAGACAAACUGGAGUAUUUUUUUCAAAUGACGCUUCUGUGUACAAUUAUUUUGAUAAUCUUGGAAAAAAAUAUGAUCAGCUCUAUAAUAAAAGAGCCUUUGUUCAUUGGUUUUAUGGAGAAGGAUGUGAAUUUGGAGAGAUGUUUCAAUGUAGAGAAGAUUUAUAAGCACUUUGCAAUGAUUAUGAAGAAGGAUACCAUUAAUGUGGAUUAGAAGAAGAUAAAGAUAUUGAAUGA